GACUUUGACUUGCGGCAACAGCCAGCAGCUGGCCGCCCCCCUAAGCGCCUCUGGUUGGAGCUCGCGUCCUUCCCGGCGAGGCCGUGCGACCUGGACGGCGCACGCGCGCGGUGGCCAGUGGGCGAGGGCGCAGCGCGUCAGGGCGGGCGCGGGCGCUCGCUUGUGCGCGCGUGACGCCAGCCAGAGUUCGGCCCCCGCCCGGAUCGGGAGGCCAUGUGAUGUGAGUGUGUCACCCAUCUGACCGGCCCCCACUCGCCACCCACGCGAGCGAGCCAGCGACGCCGAGGCUGCAGAGUCCCCCCGUCCCGUCCAACCCCUUCCACCGGGCCCCGGAAAUCCCCGAUCCGGAGCUGAUCGGGAAUGGCGGCGGAGGCAGCGGACGGGCCCUCGCCCCCGCCGCCACGGACCGGGGAGGCGGAGGCCCCCGCGGCGCCCGAGAAGCGCCCGCCGGCGGGCCGCGACGAGGAGGAGCAGGGCGGGGAGGGGCGGCCGGAGCCCAAGCGGCGGCGGGCGCGCGCGCGCAUCACGGCGCUCGAGAGCGUGCCCCGCGCGGCGGAAGUCGCGGCCGCGGCCGCUGCCGCUGCCGCGAGCAGGGAGGAGCCCGAGCCCGAGACCGCGGGCGGCUGCGACGGGGGAGAGUCCUUCUCGUUCCACGCGCGGGGCUUCUCCAGCGCGCAGGCCACGCCCAAGUUCGGGUCCUUCAACCACCCCGGCGGCGCCGCCGCGGAGCUCGUGGCCUUCCACCUGAUGAAGGCCUCUCGGCGCCGCGUGGAUCCUGAGGAGGCCGGGGAUCGCAGGACGGCUGCCGGCGGCGACAAGGAGGCUUCGGCGGCGGCCGAGGGCAGCGAUGGGAAUUCACGCUAGCGGGGGUAGGCAGUCAAGUGGACCAGUGUGGGACUCGGUUUUGACUUGGGCGUGUAACUGUGGCCCGUGUUUGUUUUGUUGGACAGUUCAUUUUCUUCUUCCUUUUGCUUUCCCUGUUGUGUGCAUCUGUGUAAUGUGUUGUGAUUUUAAUGUACUGGGGGUCGGUGUUUUUUUGUUGUACAAUUAGUGACUACUAACUAGAAACAUAGGCGUGGCUUUGCCACGCCUUCUAUGGAGCAAGCUACCUCGUGGUUCAGUUAGUUAGCCAGCUUGUAGUCAACGUUGGUAAUGUGUUGGUAAAAUUACAUUUCAUUUUGUGGUUAUAUGCAGAUAGCACUCUGCAAUUGAGAAAUUCCAUUAACACUCUGCAAAAUGUGGCAUCUGCUGCAAUAUGUAUUUCAGUGAUGUAUGUAUCUCUUGCA